AACCGUUAAUAAAAUAUUCCCGCCAAACCGAAUAAAUUCAUUUUGUGUACAUUGUGUAAUUUCGUUGAGAGGUGUCUGUGCUAAUUAAAUACUUAGUCUUUCCUUUAGUUGAAGAAUUUACAGUCAUUAACAAGCAAUGGAUACUGACUCGACAUCUGAAGUUAAUGAGAAUGGAAUUGCGUCUCCGCGAAGUAAUGCUUUAACUUCAAGUCCUGCACGAGAUUUACCUGCUUUUGAAGAUGAAUCAGAAUUAAUUGGUGGCAUGGGAGAGGAAGAACAAGUCAUGGAAGAAGAUGGAGAAGAACUGUUUGGUGAUAAUCUAGAAGCUGAUUAUCGAGCAAUUCCUGCUUUGGAUCGUUAUGAUGCUGAUAUAUUGGAUGAUUCUGAGUAUUCUGCCUUAUCUGAGGGUGAACGUCGGGCUGCUGAAGAAGCAAUGAGGCAGCGUGAUCGUGAAGAGGGACGUGCAGUUGGGCGCAUGAGACGAGGCUUACUCUUUGAUGAAUCUGAUGAAGAAGAAGAAAGACCGGCUCGUCGAAGACGUUUAGCAGAAAGAGCUGCAGAAGGUGUUGCUGCUGAUGAAGAAAUGAUAGAAAGUAUAGAGAAUUUAGAGGAUACAAGAGGUCACAAGAUUAAGGAAUGGGUUACACUUAUAGGUCCUCGAACAGAAAUUUAUAAUCGCUUCAAGAAUUUUUUGAGAACUUUUGUUGAUUCAAAAGGUCACAAUUUAUAUCGAGAAAAAAUCCGACAAAUGUGUGAAGAUAACAGACAAAGCUUUGAGAUAGAUUAUAACAUUUUGGCUUCAGAAGAACAAGUUCUAGCAUUUUUCUUGCCAGAAGCACCGUUAGAGAUGCUCAAAAUCUUUGAUGAAGCUGCUAAAGAUGUUGUUCUUAGUAUGUAUCCUCAAUAUGAGAGAAUUACAGGUGAAAUUCAUGUUCGCAUUGCAGAUCUUCCUUUGAUGGAAAAUAUUAGAAGUCUGAGGCAAUUGCAUCUGAAUCAAUUGAUUCGAACUUCAGGAGUUGUCACUUGUGCAACUGGUGUUCUUCCACAGUUAUCACUUGUAAAAUAUGACUGUAUUAAAUGUAAUUAUGUAUUGGGUCCUUUUAUACAAACAUACGAUAAUGAGGUAAAACCCGGUACUUGUCCAGAAUGUCAAAGCAAUGGACCAUUUCAAAUAAAUAUGGAACAAACCAUAUAUAAGAAUUAUCAAAGGAUCACAGUUCAAGAAAGCCCAGGUAAGGUAGAUGCUGGUCGUUUGCCAAGAUCUAAAGAUGCUAUUCUUUUGGGUGAUUUGUGUGACACAUGCAAACCUGGUGAUGAAAUUGAGAUUACUGGUAUUUAUUCUAACACUUAUGAUGGAUCAUUAAAUACUGCCAAUGGUUUUCCGGUAUUUGCCACAGUCAUUCGAGCUAACCACAUUGCUAAAAAGGAUAAAAUUGUAUCUCAAGGUUUAACAGAUGAUGAUAUUAAAGCUAUCAUUGCAUUAUCAAAAGACGAAAGAGUUGGUGAAAGAAUAAUAGCAAGCAUUGCACCAUCUAUAUAUGGACAUUAUGAUAUAAAACGAGCUAUAGCACUCUCAAUUUUUGGAGGAGAAGCUAAAAAUCCAGGACAAAAGCAUAGAAUUCGAGGUGAUAUCAAUAUAUUAAUAUGUGGUGAUCCAGGUACAGCUAAAUCUCAGUUUCUAAAGUAUACAGAAAAAAUUGCCCCUCGAGCAGUUUUCACAACUGGGCAAGGUGCAUCUGCAGUUGGUUUAACUGCGUAUGUACAACGAAGUCCUGUCACUAAAGAGUGGACUCUAGAAGCGGGUGCAUUGGUUUUAGCUGACAAGGGUGUGUGCAUAAUUGAUGAAUUUGAUAAGAUGAAUGAUCAAGACCGAACAAGUAUUCAUGAAGCCAUGGAACAACAAAGUAUCUCAAUUUCAAAAGCUGGUAUUGUGACUUCAUUACAAGCUAGAUGUGCUGUCAUUGCAGCAGCUAAUCCUAUUGGUGGUCGAUAUGACCCAUCACUCACAUUUUCUGAAAAUGUAGAUUUAACGGAACCAAUUUUGUCACGUUUUGAUAUUUUGUGCAUUGUUCGUGAUCAAGUUGAUCCUGUUGAAGAUCGACAGUUAGCAAAAUUUGUUAUCCAGAGCCACGUGAAUCAUCAUCCGGCAAAUGAAGAUAAAGAUAAAACAACAUUUCCUGUAAUGGAAGAUCCACUCAUGGCAGGAAUUGAAAAAAUACCCCAAGAUUUACUUCGAAAGUAUAUAAUAUAUUCAAGAGAAAAAGUACAUCCAAAACUGCAUCAAAUGGAUCAAGAUAAAGUUGCCAGAUUAUACAGUGAAUUACGCAGGGAAAGCAUGGCUACUGGUAGUGUUCCUGUCACUGUAAGACAUAUUGAAUCUAUGAUCAGAAUGGCAGAAGCAAAUGCUCGAAUUCAUUUACGGGAUUAUGUGCAUGAAGAUGAUGUUAAUAUGGCCAUUAGAGUUAUGCUAGAGAGCUUUAUUAAUACUCAGAAAUUUAGUGUAAUGAAGUCGAUGAGAAAGACAUUUACACGAUAUUUGACUUACAAGCGAGACAAUAAUGAAUUACUCUUGUUCAUUCUGAAACAGUUGAUUCAAGAACAAAUUGCAUAUCUUCGUAGUCGUUUUACAACAGACUUAGAAUCUGUAGAAAUUCCAGAAAAAGAACUUCAAGAAAAAGCACGUCAAGUAAAUAUUCAUAAUUUAGUACCUUUUUAUGGUAGUGACGUAUUUAGAGCUCACAAUUUCCUUCAUGACCGAAAAAGGAAAGUUGUAGUGCAAAGACUUUCAAGGGAAUUGUAAACAUCAUCUUAUUUAGCAAAGUAUCAAGGGAAUUGUAAACAUCAUCUUAUUCAGCCAAAUGUUAUAUAAUAAUGUUUUUAAACUUUUCUUUUCAUGCUUUUGUAAGUAAACUGUAUUCAAUAAAAAAGUACAUCCUCACAAUAUGGUUAUAAAAACA